AUGUCUCCUCACGCGACGAAGGAUGUCAAUGGCGUUGAAUCCGCGGCCAGCGGACAGAGCCCGUUCCCGGCGCCGCCCAAGUUCGAGAACCCCCUCGACCAGCGCCAGUACCUCAAGGAGAGACUGACCCUGGGCUUCCGCAUCUUCGCCAAGAUGGGGUUCGACGAAGGGCAAGCCGCAUCCCUAGUCGCUGGCCAUAUCACUGUCCGCGAUCCCAUCGACCCGACCACGUUCUGGGUCAAUCCCUUCGGCGUCGCCUGGCCGCUCCUGAGAUCCUCGGACCUCAUCCGCGUUGACCACUCGGGCCAGAUCGUCGAGGGUGGCCCGGUCAGAUUGCUUAACGUCGCUGCCUACAUGAUUCAUUCCGCUGUUCACACGGCUCGGCCAGAUGUCAACGCUGUGGCGCAUGCGCACUCGACUCAUGGACGGGCGUUCGCGACGCUGGGACGGAACCUGGAUACCAUCACGCAGGACAACUGCUCCUUCUACAACGACCUAGCGCACUACGACAGCUUCGGCGGCAUCGUGCUGGGCCCGGAGGAAGGGUUCCGCAUCGCAAAGGCGCUGGGCCAGAAGAAGGCCGCGAUCCUGGCGAACCACGGGCUGAUGACGUGCGGCGGCUCGGUCGAGGCCUGCGUCUUCUGGUUCAUGAGUCUCGAGAGAUGCUGUCAGGUGCAGCUGCUCGCCGAUGCCGCGGCCGGCGGCAGGGGCUCCGAGACGGUCAAGAUCAGCGACGAGGAGGCCGAGUACACGUACCAGACUCUUGGAUCGGAGCGAGCGGGCUGGUUUAGUGCGAAGCCCGCCUUUGAUCUUAUGGCGCAUGAGUCGGGCCAUGAGUAUAGGAUGUGA